GCCGCUAGACCAGGAGGCAGCAGGCGCUGAGUUGGCAACGACACCCCGAGGGACUGAAGAGGAAAGGAGCGCUUUCCCCCGCCACUCCCGGUCGCAGGUGGGAAGAUGCGACUCCUCGGGAAACUCCGGGCCUCUGCUCCCCAGCCCGCCUUCUGCAACGUUCUCACCCCCGGCCGCAUCCCCGAGUUCUGCAUUCCGCCGCGGCUGCCAGUCCCUUGCGCGCCCGAGUCUUGGCCCCGGGCCGCUGCAUUGCCCCGGCGGUGCGCGGCCGAGCCGGACCUGUGGCCAGGUGGACCCGACGAGGGCGCGGGGCGCACCGACUGGGACCCGCGCUCGCAGGCCGCGCUCUCGCUGCCGCACCUGCCCCGCGCGCGCACCGCCUACGGCUUCUGCGCGCUGCUCGAGAGCCCGCACACCCGCCGCAAGGAGUCGCUCUUCCUCGGCAGCCCCGGCGCCGCCGCCCUCCUGCGCGCGCCCGCCGCCCCGGCCGCGCCGCGCCCCCGCGCCCACACCUACAGCGGCGGCGACGCCCCGGGCCGGCCCCCGAGCGGGGCCCCCGCCGCCCCCGCCGGCGGCCCCCGCCCGCUCCGGGACCCGCUCGCGCCUGCGCCCCGCGGCCGCCGCCUCCUGCGCGCCCCCGAGGGGCUGCUGAGCCGCGCGCGGCGGGCCCGGAGGAGCCUCGGCCUGGCUCGCGCGCGCUCCGUCUCCAGCGGAGACGAGGACGAGGCGCCCCCGGCCCCCUCCGCGUGCCCGCCGCCGGCCCCCGCCGCGCUGCCCGAGCUCCUGGAGGCCGAGGGCACCGUGCCUCUGGGCCGCGCCGGGGGAGCCCUGCGCCUGGCCCUGCAGUACAGUCCGGCCGGCGGCCGCCUGCGCGUCCGGCUGCUCGGCGCGGAGGGCCCGGCCGGAGGCAGCGCCGAGCCCCGCGCCGCCGGCUGCCGCGUCAGCUUCGUCCUGCAGCCGCCGGGCAAGACGCGCCGGCAGCGCGGCGCCGUGGUCCUGCGGAGCCGCAAGGCCGUCCUGGACCAGGACUUGUGCUUGGACGGGCUCUCGGAGGACGAAGUGCGCCGCCUGGCCGUGCGCGUCAAAGCGGAGCACGCGGGCCGCGGCCUGGAGCGGGGCGAGCUGCACUUGGGCUCCCUCCUGCUCCCCUGAGGACCCGGGUGCUGCCCUCGGGGCGCUCCCGUCGGGGCGCGUUCUGCCCGCUGGCCACUCGCCCAACUGCAGCUGCUUUGUACAAAAUAAAUGUUAUUUAUUUAUUUAUUUUUCUACAACCGGCCGUGCUUUAUUGACAUUUUAGUUCUUAGGUGUGUGCCGUUAUUUAUUGGUAAGGAAGGAAAAAACCAAUGAGCGCCUUCUCUUCACAGCAUUCAGUUCGCUUUCCAGACCAUUUCUAUAUUAAAAGGCACAAGUGUUGGUUUUUCCUCCGCUCCUGCCUUUAUCAACGUCCAGGGGUCUUUUUUUUUUUUAAAGCUAUUUAGAAUCACGUCCCGCGUUAAGACUCAUACACACAGCGUAACAUAUUUUACACGGCAUGGCAAAGGCUCUCGUUCUUGUUCUUGCACACGCGUGAGACCUGUAAUACGAUACCUUGGUGGAAAAAUAUUCCUUUUUUGAUAAUAAAAGACCAGGAUUUUUUGGGAAAGUGAAGUCUUUAAAAGUUGCUCAGGAAAAGGAAAACAAAGUUGGUGAGAGAUCUCGCAAUGAAAGGCUGUCCCCCUCUGCUUCUCCAGAAGGCGCCCUGGGAAAUCUUGCCACAUCAGAAGAGAAAUCUUUCCUGCUCUGUAAACAAAUUGAUGUUUUUGUGGCAUUGUUCCUACCUAGCUAAGUCUC